CCCCAGCCUCAGCCACGGCUCCAGCCUCAGGGCCAGUAUUCCUGUCCGGUGAGGCAGCCGAUAGCGUUCUGCAGAGACACAAACGCUAUAACACUGGUGUGUUUGAGGAGUUUCUGGAGGGCAAUUUGGAGAGAGAGUGUAAAGAGGAAUUAUGUGACCUGGAAGAGGCCAGGGAGAUCUUUGAGGAUGAUGUAAAGACGAUGGAGUUCUGGGCAGGAUAUGUAGAUGGCAACCAGUGUGACUCAAGCCCAUGUCUGAACCAGGGGUCAUGCAAAGACCACCUUGGUUAUUACACCUGCUCAUGUUCGGCUGGCUUCACUGGCAAGAGCUGUGAGAUUAUUAUAGAAAAAAGGUGUGACAUCAACAACGGAGACUGUAUGCACUUCUGUGAAUCAAUGGGAACCUUUGGAGCAAAAUGUUCCUGUGCGACAGGAUACAGGCUGACUGAGAAUGGGCUUAACUGUGAACCAGAAGUUCAAUUUCCAUGUGGCAGAACUGCCCUAAGCGUGAACGCAGUAUUCACAAGGUCUCUGCUCAGCCGUGAGAAUGCGAGCCUGCAGAACUCCACUUCACUGACCACUGUCCCCCCUACUACAUCCAUUCCCUCAACUCCAGCCAGUACCACAGCAUCUUUUCCACGAAGCCACUCCAGAAAAAAACUGCCCCUGUGGGUGUACACCGACACUGUGGUCCCCACUGAGGGUCCACCAACGACUAAUAAACGCAUCGUAGGUGGCGAGGUGGUGAUUCCAGGAGAGAUCCCAUGGCAGGUAGCCUUGAUAGCGCGUCCCAGUGGUCAGUUAUUCUGCGGGGGCUCCAUUCUCAGUGAACGCUGGGUUAUCACUGCAGCUCAUUGCCUGGUGGAGGCACAGGGCUCCUUCUUCAUCAGAGCGGGAGAGCAUAACAUCUACAUUAAGGAGGACACCGAGCAGGAUCACGAUGUGUUGGAACAGCACUUACACCCACGCUACAACGCCACUUUAAGCUUGUACAACCAUGACAUUGCCCUGAUUUACCUCAAAAGCCCUAUCACCUUCUCCAAAACAGUCCGACCCAUCUGCAUAGGACCCAAGGCUUUCACUGAAGCCCUGGUAAAGGACUCUACCCCGGCUACAGUCAGCGGCUGGGGCCGAACACGGUUCCUUGGAUCAACGGCUCACACUUUGCAGAAGGUCGAGGUUCCCUUCACAGAUCGGACAGAGUGUAAACUCAGCAGCAGUGCCAGGAUCACUCCUGUCAUGUUCUGUGCAGGAUACUAUAAUGAGGCCAAAGAUGCCUGUCAGGGCGACAGUGGAGGCCCUCACACAAAUAGAAUUCAUGACACGUGGUUCCUGACGGGCAUUGUGAGCUGGGGGGAAGAAUGUGCAAAGGAAGGGAAAUAUGGUGUGUACACCCGCUUGUCUCUUUAUUACGGCUGGAUAAAACAUGUUAUGGGAUUAACUAAGCAAAGGCUGGCAUUUGAUGUGGAAGACCCUGACUUUUAAAUUUAAGAUUAUAGAUGUUGUGUGUGAAAUAAAGUAUAUCUUUUGGCUUGAUGCUCUUUUAACUUCCAAGGAUAUAAUCCAAAAUCACAAGAUGCUUUGAAUUAUAUGUGCUUUGAAUUUUGCAUGCGAUCCAUGAAUCUGAUGGUGAAACUGGGAGGUCAUGGGUUUAA